CUGAGGUAUUUGAGGGCAUGGUUUUAUUAUGCUAAAUAUUUUUUAUCAUAUUUAAUGAAAUAUGAAAGAUGGUUUUACUUCAAAAUGUGUCGCUGUCAAAAAGUCUCCUUUGGAAUUAGCUAGCAUUAACUACUUAGCAACGGUUAACUAACUUCUUACAUUGCGGUCGUCGGUGCAGGUGAUAGACCAAAGAUACAAAGAGAACUGAAUUUAAUGCCCAUUAUGAUUAAGUGUUUACCCAAAGAGGUUCAGGGGAAGCUUCGCUCCGGUGUCGCUAUCCCCUCGCUUCAGCAGUGUGUGGAGGAGCUGAUUUUAAACAGCAUCGAUGCCGGGGCGACCUGUGUGGGAGUCCGAAUGGACAUGGAGGCAUUUAAAAUUCAGGUGAUCGAUAACGGUGCUGGGAUGAGCGCCGAGGACAUGGACUGUGUUGGGAAUAGAUACCACACAAGUAAAUGCACUUCUGUGGCAGACCUGGACAACCUCAGGUGGUACGGUUUCAGAGGGGAAGCCUUGGCGAGUUUAGUUUCUUUAGCCACACUUGUUGAAAUCUCCUCCCGGACCAGAUCAUCUGUAAAAACACACGUUAAAAUAUUCAAGGAGGGGAAGGGCUUGGAGGUCUUUGAAGCAGAGACUGCUCGACCCUCUGCGGGGACAACUGUCAUCAUUUGUAACUUCUUCCACAACAUGCCUGUCCGAAGGAAGAGGGUUGAUGCCGUCCUGGAGGGUGAGAGGAUCAGGCACAGAGUGGAAGCUAUUUCCCUGAUGCACCCCUCUGUUUCCUUCACCCUGAAGAAUGACUGCACAGGAGCCAUGAUGGUGCAGCUCCCGAAAGCAAGAAACACUUAUCACAGGUUUGUUCAGAUACAUAAUAUCGGGCGAGCAGAGAAGCUGGGAGAAAUGAGCCACGCAUACAAACAGUUUGAAGUGAUGGGUUACAUUGGCAGAGAGGGCCACUACAACAACAGCUUACAGUUCCUGUAUGUGAAUGAAAGACUGCUGUUGAAAACACGUAUUCACAAGCUGCUAAAUGUUCUCCUGCGCCAACUGACCAGUUCGAUCCAGAAGAAUGACAGUCCGGAUGGGCAGUCUGUCUUCAGAAGUCCAAAGCACAGGCGAAGUCAAGAUCUGUAUGGAAUGUAUAUCAUCAAUAUUAAAUGCUCUUACUCGGAGUAUGACAUUUCCCUUGUGCCUGCCAAAACUCUAAUAGAGUUCAAAGACUGGGAUGGCAUUUUGCUCUGUGUUGAAGAAGCAGUGAAAGCUUUCCUGAGCAGGGAGAACUUGGUGGCUGUCCUUACUCAAGAUGACUUGGACUAUGCAUCUCCAAGAGUGUUUGGAACUGACAAAACAGAACCAGAAGAGAACGGUGACAAUGGUGACCAAACAGCUAUCAGUAUUUCUACAAUGGACUGUAGCGUUGGCACGAGACUGGCAUCUGAAUCUGUUCAUCGUAAUCACACAGGUGACAGUGUUUCUAAAGAUGGUGUUUGCCUGGAGGCUAGAUCGUAUAAAAGUGAACAACCAGGCCAGAAAAAGAUAAGUACAAAUGAGUUGCAAAAUGUACACAGUGAAAAAGGUUUAAACAAUGAAUGUAGAGAUAAGCUGAUGUCUGAUCUGGCUACAGUGGAACCUUUAUCUUAUAAAAUUAAUAAAGAAGUGGAGCCCGCAUAUAGUGAAGCUGGGGAAGGUUCUAAUAUUUUGCAUAUUUCAAGAGAGCUACUUUUAAAAGAAGGAGUUGACAGCUUUAUUCAACAAGCCCAGCCUGCUUUAAAGUACACUGAGAGAACAGUACCUGACUGUCAGGACACAAGCUGCCAUGCACAGACUUUAGUAAGUAAGAGAAAGAUCAGAUUGUCUGAUCAAUACAUUCAAGAGAGUCUGCAGACUCAGGACCUUUUGCAAAACAAUAGGCCAGUAUUUCAGGAGGAAAGUUUAACAGUAAAAUCUGAAGAAAAAGCUUCUGUUGCAAAACGCAAAAUCUCACUAGACACAAGCAGAUCUUCUCAGAAACAAUGCAGAGACUCUUCCUCUGUUGUCCCCUCAAAGAUUUCCAAGAUAAUUUCAUGCCAUAAAUUGUCUGGAUCACUUGACAAGUUUCGACGAACAUGUGUUAAAUCUGGUGAACUCAAAUCACAGUUACCCAAGGCUCAUUUGAAGACCGACACUCCUCAGACAGACCGCAUUUUUUUGAAUGCAUCAAUUUUCCAGGAAGCUCAACAAGAAGAUGAGAUGCAGGACAAAGAUAAGGCACAGAACAGCCUCCAAAGCCCGCCAGCUCUCUCUGUUUUCACUAAGAUAAAGCCAGAAUCAGCACAGAACCAAGGUAAAAAAUCUUUGGCAGCUAAACUCCGUCAUUUGAAACAACAUGGGACAGAUGAUUCAGAGGUAUCAUUGGAUUUUUCCAGAAACAUCUCAAAGGAUACUAUCUGUGUCAGUACUGGAAUUGACAGUAACCAAGAUAGCAAUGAGAUUCCCUGUGACCCUGAGUUCAAUAUGAGGCCAGCCUUAGGAUGCAUUUUAAACCCUGAACUUGCUAUGAAUGAAGAGGAUGCCACAUCGAGCGACUGGCUACAACACUACGACGCAUCUGUCGGAAAGACGGUUUAUGUGAACAGAGUGACCGGGCUCAGCAGAUAUGAGGACCCAGCUAUGGAGGAAACUCAAGUGCGCUGCACGUCUGAUGUCACCAAUAUAGCAGUUAGUGUCAUUUCUGAAAUGGGGAUGGAAUACAGGUGUUAUCCAUUUCAGGUGGAUCUAGUGUUGCCAUUCCUGCCUAAAUCCAGACCAGAAAGGGUGAUUAGAUCAGGGCCUGAUUGUAGAGGUGAUGUUGGUGAAAGCUCAAACUCACUUUUUUCAUUGUACUCAAAAUGGAAUAAUCCCGUGUUUGUCCGCCCUCCAAUGGUCGGUGUGGAUAUUUCCAGUGGACAAGCUGACGGACUGGCUGUAAAGAUCCACAACGUCCUUUUUCCAUACCGCUUCUCUAAGUCCAUGAUUCACUCCAUGAAGGUUAUUCAUCAGGUGGAUAAAAAGUUUCUUGCGUGCCUUAUUAGUACAAAGGAUGACGAGAUGGUGGAACACACUGAAACUAAAGGAAACCUGUUGGUGCUGGUAGAUCAACAUGCUGCACAUGAAAGAGUGCGACUUGAAAAUUUAAUUGCAGUCAUAGCUGUUUGUGCUGUCACAGAUUCAUAUGAAGAUGACCCAGAUGCCCCAGGAGAGAGACGCCUGUGUACUUCAACCAUUUUGCCACCUCUUGGGAUCAGUGUAACAGAAGAGGAGAUAAGGCUGCUUAGGUCCUGUCAGCCACAUCUAAGGAGUUUGGGCCUGGAAGUUCAUUUUUCACUGGCAGCGGAUCUAAAAGUGUUUGUCGGGAAAGUGCCAUUGUGUUUUAUGGAAAAAGAGAGUAAUGAGCUGAGGCGAGGAAGACCAUCUGUUAUAAAGCCAAUUGCUGAGGAAUAUCUUCGAGAGCAGAUUGAGCUACUCCGCUCAACAGGUAGAGUGAGAGGAACUUUGCCUCUCACUGUUCUGAAAGUGCUCGCCUCACUAGCAUGCCACGGUGCCAUCAAAUUCAACGACACCCUAAGUAGAGAUGAAUGCUACAGCUUGGUGGCAUCCUUGUCUGCCUGCCAGCUGCCCUUCCAGUGUGCUCAUGGCCGUCCAUCUAUUGUUCCCCUCGUAGACGUCCUUCAUUUGGACAAAGACCACACGGAAGUCCAGAAACCCAACCUCCGAAAGUUGAGAAGAAUGUAUAAAGCAUGGAAGCUAUAUGGGAAUACUUAAGGGUGUGUAUUUUGUUUUUAAAUGUGUUGUUUUGUUUCUAAAAAAAAAAAAAAGAUAACUUAUUAAAUGGUUCAGAUAUUCCUGUUUCUUUGCCCAAAUUCUAUGGCUCAA